GUUUUUUUUUUUCGCUGGAGUGUUGGUUGAACGAUUAUGUGACUGUUUGUCAAAAUUAUUCGGGUCGGAUAGAGGCAUUCGUGAUGUUUUAUUGAAAUUUCUCUAAAAAUUCUGCGACAUAAAAUUAGUUUAUCAUGUUACGGACAAUUGUCUGCUUAGCGGCGAGAAAUGCGGUUCGCCCGUCGUGUGCCAGUCGAUUGUUGUCUGUCACCCCGAAACCGAUCAACAAUAUUGGUGACCUAACUCGCAGCUUUUCUACCCUCAUGCGCAUCGGAAAUGCCACUGGCCAACAUCGUACUCCCUUCACGGUUACUGCCCAGACCCAGCCAUCUAACAUUUUGAGCGCAACUCCGGUCGCAAAUGCAGCGCAGCCUCUGCAACCAGCUCGCACGGUUAUCAAAUUUUCCAUGAGUAAGGGCAAACGAAAGAGCGUUAAGCCGGUUAUCAAGCGAUUCAAACGGUUGGAUUGGGGCGGAUGGAUCCGCACCAAAGCCGGUCGCCAUAAGCACAUGUGGAAAAAGUCACCAAAUCGGAAGCGCCGUCUGAGGCAGCACGUGCUGGUAAAUUCUCAACAGGCGACGCUGCUGGACAAGAUGGUCACAAAGUACUGGAAGAGACCUCGGUUCUACAUCGACGAUCCGUACACGCCGUACCACACGAGGGAGGAAUUUCGCGAGACCAAGCGUAAACCAUUGAAAUAUUGAAGCAAUAAUUUGGAAUCGUUCGUAGGUUUGCUUUAAUAGACAACAAUCAAUAAAAAUUUAUUCAAUUCCAAUUUAGAA